GCAACCGCCAAGGAACGAUCUCAUUCGAAGAGAAUGGUUGUAAUUCCGUGUUUGAAAGUGCCGCAGCGCCAUGCACAACUGUACAAGAAAUACCUGCAGUCACAAGGUGUUCUGGAGCUUAGAUACUGUACUCAAAAACACUCAGACGGAACUGUAACCUUUCCAGUGGUGGCAUCAGUUCUGCCACGCCUCGAUCUGGUGGCACUAAAGGGAUAUGUAGCACAGGAGGACAGCUUUUGUGAAAUUGUUGAUAUACAGGCUCCCCCACUAUCAAAGAAGGGAAAGGUUAAGUCUUUCAAUGAGAGGCUGAUAGAGACUGCAAAGUCCUUGUUAGUUUCCAAAGGGGAGACAUGGAGUGUUGAUCUUGAGAGAGAUAUCCCUAGUCGAUGGCAGUGCCAUGGAGAUAUGGUCCUCUUUGGCGACAGUUGCUUCUCCAAUACAAUAUGGAGAGAAAUUGGUCCUGAAUUCUGGACCAUGGUUGCCCAGAUCCUGGGAGUGAAACGUCUAGCACAAAUUAAAAAGAUUUCCCAGGAUGGGUACCGCACACCCAUAGUGACAGUGCUUUUAGGAGACAGCAGCUAUGUAACACACAUUGAUAACCACAUCAGGUAUGAGUUUGAUAUCACCAAGUGCAUGUUCUCUUCUGGGAAUAUUACAGAGAAGCUCAGAAUAGCCUCUUUGGACUGCAAUGGAGAGACUGUGGUUGACCUAUAUGCGGGGAUUGGCUACUUCACUCUUCCAUAUCUGGUACAUGCCAAUGCUUCACAUGUGCAUGCUUGUGAAUGGAAUCCAGAUGCAAUAAAGGCUCUUCACAGAAACUUGCAGAUCAAUGGUGUGUCAGACCGCUGCACUGUCCAUCAGGGAGACAACAGACAGCUUCCUCUAAGUGAUCUUGCUGAUCGUGUGAGUUUGGGCCUUAUUCCGAGUUCGGAGGAAGGUUGGCCCGUGGCAUGCCGUCUGCUAAAGAGACGCACUGGAGGAAUACUGCAUAUCCACCAAAACGUCACAACACCCUUGCACCAUGAAACACCUGAACAUUCAUCUGCUAUAGAUGUUGAGCAAUCACCUCUGAAGAGCCAGAGAGAUAUGGAAGUGUGGACAGCCUGGGCUAGAGAGACUGGCAGCCGCAUCUGUACACUUUUGUUAGUUAUCACUGGGGACAAAUGGACGACAGACAUCAGGCAUAUAGAACAUGUUAAAACAUACGCACCUCAUAUCAGUCAUGUGGUACUGGAUUUGGAGUGUAGACCUCUCUAAUCAACACAUACACACAUUUAUAGUAAUAUAUAUAUAAUUAUUUUAACUAUACCCUCAGUCUAUAAUUUUUCUGGUCUUUUUUACGAUCUGGUGACAGAUCUUUGCGCAACAAGGAAACUUUGUUUUUAUGAUGUAAUAAU